AUGAUUGGCGUGGUAACUGGGAUUAUGGUGGUGGCGUUAGUUGCCCCAGGAACAACUUGGAAAACUGGCCGAGGAACUGUUUACAUGCUUCGUGUGACUCAAGAUGUCUCCCUGGAGACGGCAUCUGGUAACUUCAACUGGUUACAGUACCUUAUGGUGUCUAAACUUACGGAUUUUCCCAACAAGCGCUCGCUCGUUCAGUUUGAAAACGUUCCAAAAUCCUGUUCUUCGUCAAAGAUCAUAUCUGCCAAGAUGUAUCUUUAUUAUGUAUAUGCUCACAAGGCAAGCUGGCAUUCCAUCCAAAAAACCCCGUUCGUCGCCCGCUAUCUGCAGGUGUGGCAUAUAAAUCCUUAAGGCAAUUUAAACCUAAUUUUAAUUCGUCUUUCGGUUUUAAUAACAUUUUUGAGCGCACCCAGAUAAUUAAAAAAUCUUACAAGUAAAAAUAAAAUUAAAAAAGUCCCAUUUGCGUCGUUCACUACAGUCAAGAGUGCAUAGCUAUAAUUAAAAGUACAGCGAAUUCUUACGCUUAAUGUAAAAAAUUAACCGCAGUGAAUGAUUCCGUAACUUACGAUAGAAUCCAGGUUUUUUUUGAAAGCUUUAACAAAAAAACAUGCACAUGACAACAAAAUAAAGCACCAUGUAUUGGCAACGCUACCGUUGGAAACUGCUCGGACUUAGCUACCCAUUAAGCGAACGUGUUCUGGCGAUGGAGGAAAAUGAACAAGAUAGAGAUGGAUAGUUUAUUUCAAACCUUAAACUUUGCAAUAAGAGUCACAAUAAUAAAAGCAAUAUUAAAUUAUUGAACAAUACAGAGGAACUUCGUCCAAGAAUCACCGGACUAUAAAACUGUCAAAAUGAUAAAGUAUACGGUCUUUUUACAAACUGUCUCGUACCCAAAUACGUAGGUGAAUUGUUAACUAGGUCUUACCCAGGAACGCUGUCUUAGGACAGUUUAUGGUAGCUAGAGAGAGCAAAGUUGCUUACAAAUAUAUAUUACGGGCGCAAUGCAUAUGCAAUGGGUCUCUAUAGGAAAUAUGGAUAUUUUAAAUACAUACAACAAUCUAAGCCCUCCGAGUAUUUGUGAUAUUCUUGAGGAACAUUACUCAUCCUACAACUUAAGGCGGUCAGAUUUUCAAUUUUCAAAAUAAAUACUCACGCGAGCGAAUCAGUAGUAUAUAACCAAAAAUGGCUGCAAGGGCUACUGUACCCUUUGUAAUUCAUAAUGGUAAUUGCACUAAGCGGAAUGCAAUUUGGUCUAAUAUCAUACGCGUGAUUUCAAAAUCGAACGCCGAGCGCGCAGCACGCAGCGCGAGUUCGAUUUGAAAUCACAAGUAUGAUUUCCGACCAAAAUUUCUCGACACGAAUUUCAAUUACCACUUUAUUAUAGCCAUUUUGAAAUCGCAGAACCAAUACUUUAACGAACUAGUAACCAGUUUGUUGAAAAACGGAAACAAAAAGGCUUUUACAUCUCAUUUUGUAUUUGAAACAGAAAUGAUGCGAUAUAGAACGAAAAUGCUGCGAUUUAAAACAAAAAUGACAUGAUUUAGAACAGAUGUGAUUUAGAGCAAAAAAAUAGAGUGAUUUGUGAAUAAACUACACUGCUGAGAGCCAAUCAGAUUACCGGGAUCACCAGUGAUUUCAAAAUGGAUAUAAUUAAUAAUCAAACUCCUCAAGUUAUUUCUUAAGGUGGCUCGAUACAGUUUUUCAGGGUCAAUACCUCCCAAGUUUGAACAUAAACUACAUCGCCAAAAACAAAGUUUUGGAAAAAUUGCCACCACAGUUGUAUUAGAUAAAGAUGAAAAUUUGUUAUGAUCGGGGUUGCAACGGUAUCGGAGUUGUCAUAGCAACGAAAUGACGCUAUUACCUAUUUUACUUGCAGCAGUAUAUCUCAGCACUGAGAACUGUUCUUGGAAAAUCAUUGACGGGAGCUUUUUCCUCCAAUAGCAGCCUCGAUGUUGGUGAAGUUUAAGCGAAAUCUGUAAGAGCGUUAUCGAAAUAUUUUGGGAUAAAGAUUUUGUGGCUAGAAAUACGGUAAAAAAUGGACAAUCUUGGUGUUCGGCUGUUAUCUGUAGAAAACGAAGCGCUUUUGACAUGAAGUUUCACCUCAUACUUUAGAAUGUAUCAAUAAUCUUGAAACUAAAAGGUCAUAUAAAAGGAAGGUUAAUCUCAAGAAUCUUAAAUUUUUAAAAAAAUCUAUCGAGCGGUUUAAAAAUUAUUCGCUAAUUUGUUAAAGUAGACCAAAAUGUUUACAAAACCGCUAACAAGAGCGCUUCGAUACAUACUAAUCAAACCCUUCUUUCUAGCAAUCGGCUGGAGCUAUCUCCUAUGAUCUUUCACACACGCUUUUUAAAAGAUUGAAACUACUAUGAGGUGAGAUUUCAUGUCGAAAGCGCUUCAUUUUCUACAGAUAACGGCCAAACAACAAUAUUGUCCAUUUUUUGAUGUGUUUCUAACAAUAAAAACUUUAUCCCAAAAUAUCUCGAUAACGCUCUUACAGAUUUCGCUUAAACUUCACCAACAUCGAGGCUGCUAUUGGAGGAAAAAGCUCCCGUCAAUGAUUUUCGAAGAACAGUUCCCAGUGCCGAGAUAUACUGCUGGAAGUAAAAUAGGUAAUAGCGUCAUUUCGUUGCUAUGAUAACUCCGAUGCCGUUGCAGCCAUGAUCAUAACAAAUUUUCAUCUUUAUCUAAUACAACUGUGGUGGCAAUUUUUCCAAAACUUUGUUUUUGGCGACGUAGUUUAUGCUCAAACUUGGGAGAUAUUGACCCUGAAAAACUGUAUCGAGCCACCUUAAUCAUCAUAGAUUUUAUUAGCGAUUUUUAUAUAGCGAGAGCCUAGCGUCACAUACAUACAUACGUACAUCAUACAUACAUAAAACUUUAUUUCACCUCGAAUUUAAGAGCAGCCAAAAAUAGGCUAGUAUCUCCGAGCAACAAAUAAAAUCCUAAAAUGAAAUAAACCUUGGUGUACACUAACUGGAGAAAAUAUUUAACUCUUAAUACAAUUGACUAGUUUACCUGUAUCGCCAGAAACUCAUAAGGGGUUGAAACGUGUAACUCUCAUAUGUUUGCUUUGUCCGAUGCUCGUGAUUAUUCAUUUUCGAAAGUACCAUAUUGGGAACGAGAAGAAGAGAUAACUGACCAAUCAAACUUCGUAAACAAGGUGACGUAAUUUUACUUCAGGUUCCCGCGCCCGCUUAAAAAAAUGGCCGACAAACGGGGGAAAAACUCCCAAAAGCCGAGAAAGCUUUCAAAGGUUGAAACCAUGCAGGAACCGUACCGAAACACUGAGCAGAAAUAUGUUAUUGCCUUACCACCCGGGCCAAAAGUAACAUUAUGAAACCCAUUGAGGUCCUCGCAACUUCUUGAAAUUGUCACUUCAAAAAACGAUGCCUCGUUGACCCUCUGCACAGUAAACUUAUACUGCAAAUAGGUUUUUAAAAUUCUUAUAUUAAAAGUCUAGAAUAAACAGUAAACAAUAUUUUCGAAUAAAAUUCAUUAGCUGCGUAUCGAAGAGAGUGUCCAAAACCUGAACCUGACAUCUUCGCGAAAAGAGAUGCCUGUAAUGAAUGUAAGAAGCAUUUAAGCUUAAAUUCAGCUUUGAUGUUGUAGUCACGAUCGUGAUUUGAGCUAAUUUUAUCAAUGAACAAACUCAAAACCUGCUCAAAACAAUAGACAGAGAAGCCGUUUCUUGAAAAUUUUUAUUCAAAAUCCAAAAAGUUAAUCGUUUAAAGCAAUUCGGAAAACACUAUCUGGAUCGUGGAUCCGUUCACGCAAGUGAAAUCGGCUGAGCACGUGGCAAAAUUCAACACAAAAUGCAUCUCAAAUCGGGGCACAUUUUGUAAUUUUUCUUUAGCGCCGAAGAGAAAAAUGAAACGUCUAUGAAACAUUUCCAAAUACAUAAAUUUCCUUUAAAAAACGUAAUUGUCUUGGCCAUAGAGUGCAAAAUGUACCUCAAAAUUCAGCAAAAACUUCACUGCCUUGGUUGCAUUUCAAAACAGACCAUGCGCUCCGUUGUAAAAAAACAAGGUUGAAUUCCUCGAAGGACGAUUUCUUGAUGAAAAGCUUCCCUUCCCCCACAAAAAGAAAGCUGAGCAUUCUUUUGAACUUUCUCUUUCCAUUUUUUGUCUUUUAACGGUGUAUUUUUAACCCUGAAAUGCAGAACUCUUGUCUUAAAACAACUGCAUGGUGAUCGCGCGGCAGCCAUUUUGCUGAAAAUGGAUAUCUGUCACUAAGAUUUCCAAAUAUGGUAAAAGUGAAUAUUCACGAGCAUUGAACGCGAGUUACACGUUUCAACCCCUUAUGAGUUUCUGGUAUCGCCGAAUAGCUAAAAUAAGUUCUGGUUCUAUUUCUUCAAAAUGCAUUUCAUUUGCGUCUCCAUAUUUGUCAUGAGUAGUGUCUUACAAUUUUGACCAUUUAUAGACGCAUUGAAUCGUAUGUUGAUUAAAAUUCCUUUUUUCUUGUUAAUAAUGCGUGGGUUUUAGGUGCACCGGGUGAAAAAGUCGUGGAACCAAGCCCAAGCAACUUCCACGAAGAGGGACUACCGGCAAAGGUGGUCAACCGAGUACCUAGGGUUGGAUGACAACGAUGCAGAAGCCCUGCCACAGGGACAGACAGUCACAAUCUUCCCCUUCCGUCCCCAAGGCUUUGUGGAGUUUGACAUUACACGCGCAGUACUGCAAUGGAGUUGCGGUGCACCCAAUUAUGGGGUGCUUAUUCGUGCUACCAACGAACUGCAACCUGGAAGAGGUAUCCGAUUUGCCAGCACAGUCUAUAGAGACAAAUUUAAGCAUCCUUUUGCUCUUGUACUGUGUGCAUAGAGGUGAUAGUUUCAUCGCUUCUGUCGCAGCUGGCUUUAGUGGUGUUACACGACGUGCGACUAUAUUGUACUGCACAAAACACGAUUAAAGGUUUUAAGGUUUGGGAUGCCAUCUGAAGUAAUCAAUAAAUAUUACUAGAAAUAAUAUGACGGUUUUUGUCGCUGUUUUUGUAAUUGCUC